UGAAGGGCUAUCAGUUGAUUAAAUGCAUCAUUUAUAUCCAUCACUGAAAGGAGAUCAGCUAUGUCCAUUGGGCUUCCAUCCACAGACCAGGUAUCCGACGAGAUGUAAACGUUGUUUUCGUGAUUACAAGGAGCACGGUGGACGAAGAGGGAUCGAAGAUGUUGCUGCAUCAUCACCGAAUCUCUCCGAUGGACUGAAUUCGAGGCCAUCAUCCCGAACAUGGACAUCAACACAGAAUUUGUCCUCCUUAAAUGGCAGUAACAAUGAUAUUGUUGUCCACUUCAAUGUAGAGUUGAAGAAGCGGCCACAGUCAUGGGCCUCCACACCCGAUAUAGACGAGGUCGAUGACAAGGCACGGCCGACACCCCGUUCCAGUACCAAGACAUCGGCGGCUGAUGACAAUGAUGUCAACGUCACGAUCAAAUUGCCGGUGCCACAGAGGCGGCACACAACGACAUUGGAUCUUAAGGAGGUGGAAAAUUCGUUGUUACAAAGUUCAACUUCGACACCGUCAUCAUCUUCGAAGAAUAUUCCAGACGAUUUAAUCAUUUUAUCCACCGACAGUCUGGCGGAGCGGGUAAGAAAAAUGAAUCUGCUGAAGAAACAGAGAAGUCAGAAUUCUAGGGAAUCGAGUCGUGAACGAUCAGUACCGCGAAAGAACGAAGGUCACGAAAACGGGGACAGUAAAACACCACCCGACCGGCCAGAACGAACAAAAUCAUUGUCUUCGGCAAAUGGCAGCAACAGUAAGGAUGCAUUAGCAACGAAAAGUGCUGCCCUGCCUCCGAAAAAGCUAUCCUCCACAUCUACUACUCCAACAAAACUGAAAACUUCAUCGACAUCGUCUACUACAACGUCUACAUCCACUUCUACAGCACCAGCACCAUCGUCAUCCUCCUCAUCAUCAUUAUCAUCGGCAGCUCGCAGAAAAGAAGCCGAUCGUCAGAAAACGGCCCAGGAUGUUGCAUUUAUGCUCAACAUAAAAGAGAACAAUUUCCAAGGCAAAAAGCCCAGCAACGACAACAUGUCAAUGAUGACCGAAAGUCCGGAAGUGCACGAUACCCAGGAAGAGUUAAAGAAUCUACGCAAAGAAUUGGAGGUCAUGAAACAGCGAGCCGAAAAGGCCGAACGGGAAAAAAGUGACAUUCUCUUACGACGCCUGGCAUCAAUUGACAUGGCGCCCAACCGCACUGCCGCCUCCGAAGCUUUGAUUCUCCAACAAAAAGUCAACGAGCUCAAGGAGCAACUCGAAAAGGUUAACGAUGAGAAACGUAAACUGAACACACGCAUGAAGGAACUGGAAAACAAUCCGAAGAGUGUGGAAAAUGAGCUGCGUCGAAAACUGCAGGCCGCUGAGCAGAUAUGCGAAGAGCUGAUGGAAGAGAAUCAGGAAGCUAAAAAGGAGAUAAUGAAUUUACAAGCCGAAAUGGAUGAGCUGCAGGACACAUUCCGCGAGGACGAUGUCAAGGCAAAGACCAAUUUGCAAAAGGAUCUCGAAAAGACGACGAAAAAUUGCCGCAUACUGAGCUUCAAAUUGAAAAAGUGUGAACGCAAGAUUGAAUCGCUGGAGUUGGAACGUCAAAAUAGUGGCAAUGUUGAAUUACAGGCCAGAAUAAAGCAGCUGGAAGACGAAUUACGUUUCUCACAGGAAUUGACUAAGAAAUUACAGUGUGAAGCCGAAGAAUUACGAAACCCGGGCAAAAAGAAGGCUCCAAUGUUGGGAGUUUUAGGAAAAUCAACAUCCGCAGAUGCAAGGUUCACCAGAGAGUCCCUAACAAGAGGCGGAUCCCAAGAAGAUCCCCAACAAUUGAUGAGAGAUUUACAAGACUCAGUCGAAAGGGAAUCCGAUCUUAAGGAUCAGCUGAAGUUUGCCGAAGAAGAAGCUGAAAAUUUACGGAAAAAAGUUGCCCGCAUGGAGGAUGAAAAUGAUUCUCUAAUGAUGCAGUUGAAAAAAAUGGCAACACGUUCUCGAACACGUAAGCUCAGUCCUACACCACGUCGAUUGGCACCUGAGGUUCAAGCAGAACGCGACGAAGGUAUAUCGGACGAAGACGACCCUGCCGAGUUAAGAAUUUUAUUGGAAUUAAAUGAGCAGGAGGCCUCAAUACUGCGCCAAAAGGUAGAGGAUCUGGAGAAGCAGAAUACCGAAGCCAAGAAACAGGUUCGAGAACUACAAGAGAAACUUGCUGCAUCGCCCACAGAUAAAAAGACAGGAUUUUUGUCGUCGUCGAAUGCUUCGGAAAAGAAAAUCAAGGCGUUGAAUGAAGAAUUGGAAACACUGCGAAAGACAAUAGCCGAAAAAGAUAAUCUGUUAAAGUCUUCUUCUUCGUCACAGGCGAACUUGAAUUUUAAACGGCAACUCGACAUGGUCGAGCAGGAAGCUACAGUGCUUCGAUCGAAAAUAACUGCCCUGGAAGCCGAGAAUGAACGUAUUCAGAAGGAGAACAAACGACUACAGUUGUCGUCGUCGAAAAAAUCGUCCUCAUCGGACAGCGGGGACGUUUCAAAACUUAAGCAAGCUCUUGCCGCUGUGGAGGAACAAAAGAAUGGCCUGGAAACAAAACUCAAACGUAUUCUGCAAGAAGCGGAGGGGAAACUGCCUCCUAGGCUGGAAAUUCGAGUUACGGAAUUAACACCGAAAAAUCAGUUGAAGAAAUGGGUAGAAGAGCUUGAUGACGAAAUCACCGAAUUGAGAGCCCUGGUUGCGAAUAGUAGCGCUCUUAGUCUAAAGAACUUGCAAUCGGAGAAGAAGUCGUUGGAGGACGAGUUGAGUAAAUACAAAGCGAAAUUAACUCAAGUCGAAAGCGAUUUACAAAAAACCAAAACAUCGUCUACACCAAAGGUUUCGGAACUGGAAAAACAAAUUAAAAAAGCCGAGGAUGAAAUAAAACAAUCUGGUACGAAGAUUAAGGAUCUAGAGGAGAAACUGAAGAAACAAGAGAACCUGGUAAAACAAACCGAGUCUAGCAAACUCACCCUGGAACAGCAAAUGAAGGCGGACAAGGAAAAACUUUCGAAAUUGGAAAAAGACUGUGAAAAAGAACGAAAAGAUCGGGAAAAGCUUGAGGCUAAAUUAUCGCAGAAGGAUAAUGAGCUUUUGCAGGCUCGUAAAAAUGCCGACAAAACUAAAUUUUCCUUGGAGAAGGAAAUCAAGGACUUGAAGACUAAAUCAUCGAAAUCGGAUUCGAAACAGGUACAGGAAUUGAAGAAACAAGUCGAAGAGCUACAGGAAUCGUUGAGCAAUGAAAACAAACGCUACAAUGAUCUAAAUGCCCAAUGGGAAAAACUAUCCGAGGAGACGAUAUUGAUGCGCGCCCAAUUGACCACCGAGAAGAAUACUCUUCAGACGGAACUUAAUAAUACUAAGCAAAAGAUAGCCGAAUUGGAGUCUAUUCGGGUAAACCGAACGGAACUGGCCAAAAAAUUGAACGACGCCCAAAAGAAAAUCCAAGAACUGGAGACAAAGACCCUCAAAAACAAUUCCAAGGAAUACGAGAGGACAAUGUUGCAGAAUAAGUUGGAUGAGAAGUCGCACGAGUAUGAGCGCCUGAAAAGGGAGAACGAAAUGAACAUCGACCUCGUAUUCCAGCUUCGCAAAGAUAACGACGAGCUGAACCGUAAACUGAGUGACUUUACUCGCAUAGAGCAAGCCAAGUCGUCACUCAAUGGCCACAGUGCCGAUUUGGAAAACGAAAUAAAGGCCCUUAACAAAAAGCUAGAGAGUGCGGAACUGCAAUUGAAAUCGGAGGUAGCAUCGACCCGACUGCGCUAUGAGCAACAGGUGAAGACGCUUAGUGCCGAAUUGACUUCAAUGCAGCGCCAAUGUGAACGAUUCAAGAAGGAUCGCGAUGCAUUCAAGCAGAUGUUGGAGUCUGCCCAAAAGAAAAUUGGAGAUCUUAAGGCCAAUAAUGCCGGUCGACAAAGCCGCGGAUCAAUGCACAGCAGCGACGAAGACGAUAAGAGUAAAAUUGCUUACUUGGAACAACAGAUUGGUUGCCUGGAAGAUCAACUUGUAGAGGCUCGUUUGGAGGUCAGCAAAGUUAAGACUGAAUUGGUUUCGGAACGCAGUGCCAAUGAAAUUAAGAUUUCUGAAAUGCAAUCGAAGCUGAAUGAAUUCGAAGAGGAACGAGUCAUUGGCUCAGGCCGCACAAAGAUCCCUGGCAUGAAGACCAAGCUUGAAUUGUCGUGGCAAAAGGAGCGCGAAGAUCAGCAACGACUACUGCAAGAGACGUCGACGUUAGCUCGGGACUUGCGUCAAACCCUGUUUGAAGUGGAACGUGAACGUGACAAGGAACGUUUGGAAUCCAAGCGACGCCUUGAACAACUGAAACGAACCACUGAAGAAGAAAUGGAGGAGGGACGCCGUAAGAUUGCUGAACUACAAUGCGACCUCCUGGAAUUGCGUGAUGUUCAUGCAAAAUUGAGGACGUCAAACGAGAAGCUUAGAAGAGAACGGGAACGCUACGAAAAGGAGUUAAUAAAGCGGCGCAUGGAACAAGAGGGAGGAGAACGCAAACUGGGAGCUCUCCUCCAAACAGUCGACGAGCUGGUGAAGGUAGCUCCCGAAUUGGCGGGUAGUCGAAUGGGAACGACGCCAAACGAUCUGAGACCCGAGCCGACGGCAGCCAGGAGAAAUCGCAGUCCAUCGCCAUCCAUGAACACUUCCAACAUAUCUGCUGUACUGGCUCGUCUAGCCGAAGCCUCCGAAGAGGUACGCAAAUUCCAACGUAUCAGCGAGGAGGAACACGAGCGCUACCGAGUGAGGCGCAGCAAUUUGAGGCGUGCCGCCUCACAAGAAAAUGACCCACACGGCAGUCAAAGUUCUGUGGCCAGUGCAGCAAGUACCAGCAGAAAUGGUUCCAAAGUGUCACGGUCGGGCCACAACGGCAGUUUAAUUAGAAAGAGUCUUUCACUGGAUCACUCAAUUCAAAGGGACCAGAAUAUAUGGCGUCAAGAUGAUGGCAGUGUUUCCUCAAUGCAGUCCAUUGAUUCCGAGUUGGGUGGCUUGGUGCGUGACUCUAGUUAUGAUUCGCGUUUGGACUCACGUCUAUCCGGUGGUUCGACACAGAGUGACAUACCCAGAGGACCCCGCAAGAAGAAGAAAAGUCUUAUGGGGAAACUGAGAAGUCUCACGAAGAGUGGUCGUAAUUCCGAGAGUGAAAUAUCGAUUCAAGGAUCAGACUCAGACAUAAGUGUUGCCAGCGAUAUGAGAGCGAGCAAGAAAGAUUUGCGGGGUCGCCUCUCCGGCAUGUUCAAAAGAUCGGGAUCGACAUCACGUAGCGGCAGUACAGAACGCAUGUCCAGUGAACAGAGACCAGUGGCUGUGACGGUGGUGGGCGAUGAGGAUGGUCCACAGCCCCGUGAUCCACCACCGGCCAAUGCAGUGACACCAAAGCCCAUUCGAUCGAUUGCUAAACCACCAACGCCAACUACUCCACUCACAAAGCGCAAGACGGCAAAAUGAUGAUUAAAUCAAUCC